UCUUCAUAGCAAUUUAAGUAAGUUCUUAACAAAGGUUUGUAUAUAUCAUGGUGUUUAUAUUUUUAAUGGCAAGUGAGGCUGUAAUGUUUAACUUGAUCGCAUUAAAUAACAAUUACGUCAUUUGCACGUCUCUGCUGUAUGUGUAGUUAGUAAAGCAAACAGACUUUGGGGAAAUGGCUUUAUAAACCCAGUGUUACGCUGCUGUUAGUCUUUCUGGUUUUAUGUGCAGCUGAAAUAAUGGAUAAUCAGAUUUUCGAGUCCACUGCUGAGCGGACCUUUCAGUAUCAGGACAGUCUGCCACCUCUACCUGUGCCGUCCUUACAGGGCACACUGAGCAAAUACCUGGAUGCAGUAAGGCCUUUUGGAUCCAAUAAGGAGUUUGAAGCCACAACAGCUAUCGUGAAGCGCUUCGAGGAAGGCAUCGGCAAACACCUUCACCAGAAACUUCUCCAAAGAGCCAAAUCUAGACGCAACUGGCUUGAGGACUGGUGGCUAGACACAGCUUAUCUGGAGCUGCGCAUUCCCUCUCAGCUCAAUGUGAAUUUUGGGGGUCCUACAGCGUACCUGGAGCACUGCUGGCCUGCGCAGGAGGGCACCCAGCUGGAGAGGGCUAGUCUAAUUUUAUGGUUCUCCCUCCAGUACUGGGACCUCAUCCGCAGAGAAAAGCUAGCCAUUCAUAAAGCAGGAACUAUGCCCUUCGACAUGGAUCAGUUCCGCAUGCUCUUCUGCACCUGCAAGGUGCCUGGAAUCACGAAGGACACCAUCCUCAACUUCUUCAAAACAGAAAGUGAGGGUCCCUGUCCUUCUCAUUUGGUGGUGAUGUGCCGUGGAAGGGUCUUCACGUUUGAUGGUCUUUGUGACGGUCGUAUCCUAACUCCCCCCGAGCUGUUGAGGCAGCUCACGUACAUUAAAGACUGUUGUGAGGGUGAACCGGAAGGGGAUGGACUGGGCGCCCUGACCACAGAGGAACGGACCCGCUGGGCCAAAGCACGGGAAUAUCUGAUCUCCAUUGAUCCUGCGAAUAAAACCAUAUUGGAGACCAUUCAAAGCGCUCUGUUUGUUCUGUCCCUGGAUGAUGCCAAAUCUUAUUCCACCCCGGAAAACUACUCAAAGCUGACCCAGCUGGCACUGACCGGUGAUCCCACAAUCCGCUGGGGAGAUAAAUCUUACAAUCUCCUCUCCUUCUCUGAUGGCACGUUCGGUUCAAAUUGUGAUCAUGCUCCGUAUGACGCAAUGGUUUUGGUCUCUCAUGGCUACUACGUAGACCAAAAGCUGAGGGCCAGUGGUGGAGUAUGGAAGGGUUCACAGGUUGUGCGUGACCUCAGUGUGCCAGAGGAACUUAUAUUUACUGUGGAUGAAAGAGUGAGGAGAGACAUCAGCCUGGCUAAAGAGCAGUACCAAAAAAGUUCUCAGGACCUGCAGGUUGUCUCUUAUGCUUUCACGUCCUUUGGAAAAGAAGCCAUCAAGAAGAGAAAGCUACACCCGGACACAUUUAUCCAGCUCGCUCUGCAGUUAGCCUACUACAGACUUCAUGGAAAGCCUGGUAGUUGUUAUGAAACAGCCACUACUCGUCGUUUCUUUCACGGCCGCACAGAGACCAUGAGGUCCUGCACCGCGGAGGUCCAGCACUGGUGUAGAACUAUGAUCAACCCUGCAGCCACUGCUGAAGAGAAAAGACAAGCUCUACAUGCGGCUUUCAACAAACAUAACAAAUUGAUGGGAGAGGCGCAGAAUGGAAAAGGUUUUGACAGACAUCUCCUGGGCUUGUACCUGAUUGCUAAGGAGGAAGGUCUUCCUGUAGAUGAGCUCUAUACAGAUCCUCUCUAUGCUAAGAGUGGAGGAGGAGGAAAUUUCGUGUUAUCUACAAGUCUCGUGGGCUACACUACUGUGCUGGGAGGAGUUGCACCCAUGGUGCAACACGGUUAUGGAUUUUUCUACCGUAUCCGUGAUGACAGAAUCGUUGCGUCCUGUACCGCUUGGAAAUCCAGUCCAGAGACAGAUGCUGAAGCCCUUUUUCAGAACCUCACAAUGUCCUUCCACGACAUCAUGCACCUCACUACCCUCUCUAACCUGUAAAGCAAAGCAUCCUGGGAAGUAGAACUAACCACAAUCCUUUAGCUGUGAUAUUAGGCUAAAACAAUCUCUAAAUGGUCCAGAUGUUUCAGCAAUUACUUCCUUUAUGACUGAUGUGCUAAAUCUAGCUGAAACUGAAAAGGGUUGACUUUCCCCUUUAUGUUCUGUUUAGAAGAUUGACAGUUUUCGAUCUGUCAUGUGCCUUCAGUUAGUCAUCUUUAGAGAAUCUCUAAGACUAAGACAUUUCUUGAAGUAUUCACACAUUAACAGUUUUGCCUCUUCUUAGCUGCUGAGCUUCAAAGUUUUAUAAAGUCAUAGGAAAUAUGUAAUGCUCAAGCAUUAUGACUUCACUAAAACAUUGAUUUUUGAGAUUAGUGCUUAUGUUUGGAAUUUGAACAUAGCAUCUCUUAUAAUAUAUUUUCCCACCAACUUAAUCACCUUCAAUAAGCUGCUUUUUAAUAGAAUUUAGGGCUGUCAAACGAUUAAUCGUGAUUAAUCGCAUCCAGAAAAGAGUUUGUGUUAUCGUAAUAUAUGUGGUUGUACUGUGCGUAUUCAUUUUGUAUUUAUGAACACAUACACUUAAAUGGAUAUAUUUAAUAAAAAUAUAAAAUACAAAAAUUAGUAAACUUUUAUUUAGAAUUUCAGUUAUUAGUUAAUAUAAAUAAAUACAUUUAAAUAUUUCCUAAAUAUAUAGACAAGUAUGUGUAUGUUCUGUGUUUAUAAAUACAAAAUUAAUAUGCACAGUAUACAGAUAUAUAUUAUGUAAACACAAACCUUUAUGCUGGGUGCGAUUAAUCACGAUUAGUCGUUUGACAGCGCUAACAGAACUACUGUUUAUCAAUGCACAAAUCAAUGCAAAUGAGCAAAAACAAUGCAGACAUAUGUAAUUCCGCUUUUAUGUGUCAAUUUUAUGAUUCUUAGUUUCUAGAAAUGUGGAUUUUUUUCAUUUUAAAGCAGAAUGCACUAGAGGGCAGUAUUUUUGAAAUAAUAGAGUAUAAAUAAAAAUGAAUCAUUUAUGUUGUAGGUAUGUGUGAUGUCCAAAAUUAUAUACCGAUCACCAUUCAUCAGCAUCUCUUUUGUAGAUUUACAAACCAAAUAAAGUAAAUUAGUUUGCACUAUUUUAAUAUACUUAUAAUUGAGAUAAUUGAUUUUGUUCUGUACGUGGUGAUUGGUUUCAGCUCUACUGUCGUGCUUUUUUCAUUGCGUCCCAUUUCAAACUUAUUGUGAAGAAUCAAAUCAUUGUGAAUGCUAAGUUUGGUGAUUAUAAUGUGAAUUUACCACAAAUGUAUUAUGCUGUGCUCUGAUCUUUGCAUAUUAACUUCUAAAUCCUCGAAAAUAUACUGUAUAGGAAGAUAUGGAAACACUGUGACUGCUUUGAUUGAAAAAAUUACUCAUGUGUUUGUGUAGUUAUAUAACUGGCAUCAAGUAAUAAUGAGAUCAAACAAUUUUUUUAUUAGUUAUUCAUUUUUGCAAUCCCACUGUAAAAUGGGCACAUAUAUUUGUGAUAGGAUUUUUCUUGUUGUAGAAGACAACAUAACACCACAAAUGCCAAUUUAAUGUGUUUAUUUUUUUAAACAUGGCAACUUUUGCAUUACAGUACAUCACGCUGUAUUUUCCACAUUCUCCUGCAAUGUUUGUUGAAGUCUUAGUGACCCCAGUUGUUCAAUUUUUUUACAUUCACAAAUGCAGCGAAUGUUGAUAAAUGCUUCCGUUAUGCGGUUAAAGCAGCUGUCAAUGUAGCUUGGGUUUGUAAAGAUAUAUAUUUAAAAACACUAAUAAUAAUUAAAAUAAUUUUGACCAAA